UCCUAUAAAUUCUCUCCCAAAACGCUUCAUUUUUCUCCAUACUCCAAACCAAAACGCUUCAUCCCAAAACAAUUGAUUCCAUGGCUGUUCUUCCGAGGUUUGUUGUAAAGCUCAUAGACUGUGUUAUAUACCAACUCUUAGCCAAUUCAUGCUACAAAGCAGCCAAAAAAGUGAGGCAAUAUGGGUUCCUUUUUACAAACCCAUCUCUCAAAACACCCAACCAACACCCCUCGUUCUACCCCCACGUCUCCAAAUGCAGCCUCCAAAACAGAGCAUCUCAAACUCUUGUCUGUGACUUAAACGGUGCACUUUUGAGCUCCUCCAAAAACUACUCUUUUUUCCCUUACUUCAUGCUUGUUGCCUUCGAAGGAGGCAGCCUUUUUCGAGCCAUAAUCCUGCUUCUUUCAUGGCCAAUUCUCUGUCUUUUGGAUUGGGACGCCAAAUUCAAGGCUAUGAUUUUCAUUUCCUUUUGUGGCCUCCCAACUAAGAACAUGGCCAGUGUCAGCUCAGCCGUUCUCCCCAAGUUUUUUCUCGACAAUCUCAACCUUCAUGCUUUCGAGGUCUUUCAAGCCACUGGCUCUAGGAUUGUCUUUACAAGUGUACCUAGAGUUAUGGUGGAGGGGUUUUUGAGAAAUUAUUUGAAUGUUAAUGACGUUAUAGGGACUGAAUUGCAAACUUUUGGCCGCUACUACACUGGCUUGGUGUCUGAAAAUGGCUUGCUUGUAAAGCACAAAGCUUUAAUCGAGUAUUUUGGAGAUAAAAAGCCUGAUAUUGGCAUUGGAUCUCCAAAUCUUCAUGAUCAUCUUUUCAUCUCUCUUUGCAAGGAAGCUUAUGUUGUAAGCAAGGAGGAUAAUAAAGGCCAACCAACGCCCACCAGUACAGUAAUAUCAAGACAAGAUUACCCAAAACCACUGAUUUUUCACGAUGGAAGAUUGGCGUUUUUACCCACUCCUUUUGCAAGUGUUUGCACAUUCCUCUGGAUUCCUUUUGGGGUUUUGUUAGCCAUUUACAGAAUCUGCAUUGGCUCGUUUCUUCCUUACAAAAUGGGCCUUUUUCUAAGCCAUUGGAGUGGGUUAAGAAUAACCCUCAAAGGCUACACAGAGGCAUCAACAGAAGGAACCCAAAAGCGGAUUUUAUUUGUUUGCAGCCACAGGACACUGCUGGACCCUGUUGUGUUGAGCGCAUCAGUAGGGAAGCCAUUGGUUGCAGCGACGUACAGCGUAAGCAGAUUCUCAGAAAUCAUAUCUCCAAUCAAGACGGUGAGAUUGACAAGAGACAGAGAAAAGGAUGGUGCUGAAAUGCAGAAGUUACUAAGCGAAGGGGAUUUGGUGGUAUGUCCCGAAGGGACGACAUGUCGGGAGCCGUAUUUAUUGAGAUUCAGUCCACUUUUUGCAGAGUUGAGCGAUGAAAUUGUGCCGGUUGGUGUUAAGACGUGGGUGAGUAUGUUUUAUGGGACGACCGCGAGUGGAUUAAAAUGGUUGGAUCCGAUCAUGUUUUUGAUGAAUCCGAGGGCGAGCUACGACAUGGUUGUUCUUCCUAAGCUUCCCAAGGAAAUGACAUGCGGCGGCGGAGGGAAGUCCAGCUACGAGGUUGCUAAUUAUGUACAAAGGCAAUUGGGCGAUGUUUUGGGAUUUGAAUGCACUAAGCUUACCAGAAAGGAUAAGUACUUGAUGUUGGCUGGGAAUUCAGGAUUGGUUGCUCCGACGUAAAAAAUUUUAACGAAAUGAUA